AUGGCUGCUGGGACGCGCCCGGCGGCCCGACCGCGGUCCCGACCUGCCAUGGCCCAACGGAGGAAGAAGAAGGGGCUCCGGAAGCGCCGGGACGCGGUCUCCCACGCCCGCAGCAGCGACUCGGAGGACGGCGAGUUCGAGGUCCAGGCGGAAGAUGACACCCGGGCGCAAAAGCCGGGCCCUGGCAGACCCCUGCCCACCUUCCCCACCUCGGAAUGCACCUCGGACGUGGAGCCGGACACGCGGGAGAUGGUGCGAGCCCAGAACAAGAAGAAGAAGAAGUCGGGAGGCUUCCAGUCCAUGGGCCUGAGCUACCCCGUGUUCAAAGGCACCAUGAAGAAAGGCUACAAGGUGCCAACACCCAUCCAGAGGAAGACCAUCCCGGUAAUCCUGGAUGGCAAAGACAUGGUGGCCAUGGCCCGGACGGGCAGUGGCAAGACAGCCUGCUUCCUUAUCCCCAUGUUCGAGCGGCUCAAGGCCCGCAGCGCCCAGACGGGGGCCCGGGCCCUCAUCCUCUCGCCCACCCGGGAGCUGGCCCUGCAGACCAUGAAGUUCACCAAGGAGCUGGGCAAGUUCACCGGCCUCAAGACUGCCCUGAUCCUGGGUGGGGACAAGAUGGAGGACCAGUUUUCAGCCCUGCACGAGAACCCUGACAUCAUCAUCGCCACCCCUGGCCGCCUGAUGCACGUGGCCGUGGAGAUGAACCUGAAGCUGCAGAGUGUGGAGUACGUGGUGUUUGACGAGGCCGACAGGCUCUUUGAAAUGGGGUUUGCAGAGCAGCUGCAGGAAAUCAUCAGCCGCCUCCCGGGGGGCCACCAGACGCUCCUGUUCUCUGCCACACUGCCCAAAAUGCUGGUGGAGUUCGCCCGGGCCGGCCUCACGGAGCCCGUGCUCAUUCGGCUAGAUGUGGACGCCAAACUCAACGAGCAGCUCAAGACCUCCUUCUUCCUCGUGCGGGAGGACACCAAGGCCGCCGUGCUCCUCCACCUGCUGCGCAACGUGGUGCGGCCCCAGGACCAGACGGUGGUGUUUGUGGCCACGAAGCACCACGCAGAGUACCUCAGUGAGCUGCUGACAGCCCAGCGGGUGAGCUGCGCCCACAUCUACAGUGCCCUGGACCAGACGGCCCGCAAGAUCAACCUGGCCAAGUUCAUCCACGGCAAGUGCUCCGCCCUCAUCGUGACGGACCUGGCGGCCCGGGGCCUGGACAUCCCGCUGCUGGACAACGUCAUCAACUUCAGCUUCCCGGCCAAGGGCAAGCUCUUCCUGCACCGCGUGGGUCGUGUGGCCCGGGCUGGUCGGAGCGGCACGGCCUACUCCUUGGUGGCCCCAGACGAGGUCCCCUACCUGCUGGACCUGCACCUGUUCCUGGGCCGCGCCCUCACCCUCGCCCGCCCCCACGAGGAGCCCUCGGGUGCGGUCGGCGCGGACGGCGUGCUGGGCCGCGUGCCCCAGAGCGUGGUGGACGACGAGGACUGCGGCCUGCGGAGCAGCCUGGAGGCGUCGCUGGAGCUGCGGGGCCUGGGCCGCGUGGCCGACAACGCGCAGCAGCAGUACGUGCGCUCGCGGCCCGCGCCCUCGCCCGAGUCCAUCAAGCGGGCCAAGGAGCUGGACCUCGCGGGGCUGGGCCUGCACCCCCUCUUCAGCUCCCGCUUCCAGGAGGAGGAGCUGCAGCGGCUGAGGCUGGUGGACAGCAUCAAGCAGUACCGCUCGCGGGCGACCAUCUUUGAGAUCAACGCCUCCAGCCGGGACCUGAGCAGCCAGGUGAUGCGGGCCAAGCGGCAGAAGGACUGCAAGGCCAUCGCCAGCUUCCAGCAGGGGCGGCAGGAGCGGCAGGAGGGCCUGGCCGCCACAGCCCGGGGCUGCCCGGUGCGGCAGGCGGAGCAGCCUGGGGAGGAGGAGGAAGAGGCGGCGGCAGAGAGCGUGGAGGACGUCUUCACGGAGGUCGUGGGCCGGAAGCGGCAGCAGCCAGGCCCCGAGCGGGGAGCCAAGAGGCGGAAGGAGGAGGCCCGGCAGCGCAACCAGGACUUCUACGUCCCCUAUCGGCCCAAGGACUUCGACAGCGAGCGGGGCCUGAGCGUUGGUGGGGACGGGGGCGUCUUUGAGCAGCAGGUGGCGGGCGCCGUCCUGGACCUGAUGGGGGACGAGACCCAGAACCUGACCCGGGGCCGCCAGCAGCUCAAGUGGGACCGGAAGAAGAAGCGGUUUGUGGGACAGUCGGGACAGGAGGACAAGAAGAAGAUCAAGACGGAAAGCGGUCGCUACAUCAGCAGCUCCUACAAGCGCGACCUCUAUCAGAAGUGGAAGCAGAAACAGAAAAUCGACGACCGCGACUCCGAGGAGGAAGGGGCCUCGGACCGGCGAGGCCCGGAGCGGAGAGGCUGGAAGCGGGGCCGAGGCCAAGGUGCCUCCCAGCCGCGCCCCCCGGGACCCCCUGCAGGCCGUGUGCGCUCCGAGCUCAAGACCAAGCAGCAGAUCCUGAAGCAGAGGCGCCGAGCCCAGAAGAUGCGCUUCCUGCAGAGCGGGGGCCUCAAGCAGCUCUCGGCCCGCAACCGGCGCCACGCCCGGGAGCUGCAGCGGGGCGCCUUCGGCCGGGGCACGCACGCCAAGAAGGGCAAGAUGAGGAAGAGGAUGUAA